AAUUACUUUAAAUUAUUAUCAAAAUAAGAAAGAGCUCGACAUUGUUCUCAAACUCUAAAAAUCAUUUUUCUUGGAAAAUUUCCAAGAGAACAAGAAACAAAACGUUCUUUAAGUAGUUCUAUAAAAGUCUUGUGAAUGUCUUCUGAACAAGGAAAUGGAUCAAAUCCUUCCACGUCGCCGAAGGUAGAAGGGACUAAAACAAUCCCUUUUCGCCGGAGAUUGCAAAGAGCACAAAGAGUGUUGGCUCCAAAGCUGAUGGAGGCUCUCCGUCGAUCAAGGAUAAGCUCGGAAGAAGCUCCGGCGAGCCAUAUUAGUCGUAGAUGGAGAGCCACAACGGCGCAGAAGGUAUAUUCCUUAAAGCUCUACGAUGCUCUUCAGCGAUCGCGGCGCAGCGCAACAGUUCGGGACACGGCCGACAAAGUCCUUGCGACGACGGCUCGUGGUGUAACUCGGUGGAGCCGAGCCAUAUUGGUGAGUCGAUUCGGGACGAGUCUGAGGCGGCGCAGGAAUACAAAACCGGCGUGGGCAUUGGCGGCGGCGGUCAGGGGAAGUGGUGGGAGGAGGAGGAGGAAGGUGUCGGCGGUGGGAAGUCGGGUCCGGGUUUUGGGUGGGUUGGUGCCGGGUUGCCGGAGAACGGCCUUACCGGAGCUUUUGGACGAGACAGCAGAUUACAUAGCGGCGUUGGAAAUGCAAGUCCGAGCCAUGACAGCUCUAUCAAAGAUUCUGUCUGAGUUUCAGCCGUCUACUAAACUCGGCUCGGCUUUAUAGCCGAGUGUAUAAGCCGAUGGUGUGUAAAAUUUGUUUCAAUUAAUUCUUUUACGAUUUUAUCGUGGGAAUGUCUUAUUGUUUUUAAUGAUUUGUUUGCCCUGAAAAAAAAUGUCAAAAUCAUCACGAGUUGGACGAAAAUACUAUGUUUUUUUAAAGCUUAUAAUAGGAUUCGAAAUGUUUUGGUGGUCGUUUCACAAGUUUGAAUUGUAAAUAUUUUCUAAGAAAAUGAAAUUUCUAGA